CGGCCCCUGCCCGGCCUCGCUCCCGCCCCGGGGCGGCCCGAGCGCUGCCCCGCCCGACGGCUUCCCGGUGCGCCCGGCGUCGCGCUCUUCCGCUCCGCUACCACCUGCUGCUAGCCCGCGUCUGCGCCACCCGGCAUGGCUGGCAAAGCGCACAGGCUAAGUGCGGAAGAGAGGGACCAGCUGCUGCCAAACCUGCGGGCCGUGGGGUGGAACGAGCUGGAAGGCCGGGAUGCCAUCUUCAAGCAGUUUCAUUUCAAAGACUUCAAUAGGGCUUUUGGCUUCAUGACGAGAGUGGCCCUGCAGGCUGAGAAAUUGGACCACCACCCUGAAUGGUUUAACGUGUACAACAAGGUCCACAUCACCCUGAGCACCCACGAGUGUGCGGGCCUUUCAGAACGGGACAUAAACCUGGCCAGCUUCAUCGAGCAAGUAGCGGUGUCCAUGACAUAGACCUUGCCCUUCAUCUCUGAAUUCUUCAGGGAGGAAGGGGGGACUGGACUGGGGACCCAGAGAGGGAACCAGGGAGCCCCAAGGUACUGCUGCAGUCAGAACUGCCAAGUGGACGGUGCUGCCUCUGUUCAGAGGCAAGUCCUCGCUGUGCAAGGAGAAGCCAGCAUCGCUGCCAACCCUAAGAGCUUAGACCAUUUCUCCCCACACCACCCUCUUCCUCCUUGGGGCUGUUACAUGGGCACUGAUUUGAAUAAGAGCUUCCCUUUCCUUAUAACUUCCUGGCAACGUAGUGAUUUCUUUUCCAGGCUGUGUCUCACUCCCUUUCUAAUUCAUUUCCUGAGACGCUAAGAUAGAUGCUGUGUCUGAGAAAAAGUCUUCUCUUAGGAACCAGGGACCCCAAAGUCAUCCUCAUCCUGUGUGACAGAAACACAUGUGCUUUUAUGCUGCAAAUAAAAUCCUUAUUUCACUUGG